UCUAUUCUUACUUCCAGGUCCUCAACCAGCAAACCAAAAACUACAUCUACAUUUUAUAUAUGCUCUACGGUCUCAACCCAAAUAGGUUUAAAAGAAUAAAUAAUAAUGUUGUGAUUCUCCAUGUUUCUGAUGUUCCUACAGUUUGCGAUGUUUCAUGGCUGCGUCGUCGCUGGUGUUCAGGCUGCACGACCGAGGUCCAGAGCUGGUGAGGGAGGUUCUCCUGGAGCGAGGAUGGGAGGAGUACGACGGCGGAGAACGAGAGGAGAAGGACUGGAACCUCUACUGGCGCGGCUCUGCAUUCCGCAGCUCGGAAUAUCACAACCUGUUGCCGUGGCAGCGCCUCAACCACCAUCCCAAAACCAUUGGCAUUACACGCAAGGACUUCCUGGCACGAAACCUGAGGCGAAUGAGAGCCACGUGCGGUUCGUCUCUUUAUGACUUCAGUCCCAACGCCUUCAUCCUCCCCAACGACUACACCCGCUUUCUGACCGAAUACAAGAAACUUCAUGCGGCCAGUGGAUCGUCCGUCUUCUGGAUUUGUAAACCUGUGGAUCUUUCUAGAGGAAGAGGGAUCUUCAUCUUCGAGGACAUCAAAGACCUGGUGUACGACUGCUCUGUUAUCGUACAGCGGUACGUCAGCGACCCUCUCCUUAUCUCCGGCUACAAGUUUGACCUGAGGAUCUACGUGUGCGUGAAGAGCUUCCACCCGCUCACCGUCUACGUUCACCAGGAGGGACUGGUGCGCUUCGCCACGGAGAAGUACAACCUGUCGUCCCUACACAACCUGUACGCUCACCUCACCAACACCAGCAUCAACAAGCUCGGCCCGUUUUACAAAACCCAAAAGGAGAGAGUGGGCCAAGGAUGCAAGUGGACGCUGAGCAAGUUCCGGCACUUUCUCCACAGCCAGCACAUGGACGAGCUCCUUCUGUGGCAGAGGAUCAACAACAUCGUGACCCUGACGCUCCUCACCAUUGCUCCGUCAGUCCCGUCCUGUCCAAACUGCGUGGAGCUGUUUGGUUUCGAUAUCCUCAUUGACGCCAACUUCAAACCCUGGCUGCUGGAGGUCAACUACAGCCCGGCGCUGACUCUGGACUGCCAAGCGGACAUCGCGGUCAAGAAAGGACUCGUUAGCGAUCUGAUCGAUUUGAUGAACUACACGUCGGCCGACGGUUUAAGAGAGAGAGCAUAUCAGAAUCAUGAAUGCAAGAGCUCCUGUACUCUUCAUAAAUCUGCGCUCUCUGCGCUUCAAGAACCACAUCUUCAGAGGACGACGGGAAACAUCCAGUCCUCGCAAACCCGCACGCUACCUCCACUAAAACCUCUUCACCGCUCCAAGAACGUGAACCAGAGACAAUCCAGACGAGACGCUUUUGGCACAAACUACCACAGACGCCUGCCUCCGGUUGAUUUAAACAGGAGCAAAGUAUUUACGACCACAGCGGUGAACAGAACUCACGCCGACAAGACUCUGAACCUGAUAUUUGACCCGCAGUCAAGGACAAACGAGUCAGUGGUGAACAGACACUUACGGCCAGGCCUUGUACCGUGGCUGAAGGAUAACAGGAGUCUUCACGUGUCUGAGGUUUCAAACCCUGACAGCAUUGAAACAGAAGCUGAGGGGAAGCUCUCAGGAAUGUCAGACGUUUGCUCAAGGAAACCUGAGAUCGCACAGAGGACGACGGGAUUCAGACGCUCAGCUGUGUCCUGGAAACUCCCCAACAUUUACAGGUAUUUAACUCUACGUUACAGCUGUGUUUUCAUACGUAUUGGGAGUCACGCAUCAACCGCGGCGACUCCUCCUUCAGACGUAACCACAACAACGACGGGACAACGCGUCCCUCCGCUCAGAGUGGGAGACUUCAUACGGACGUUCCCGUUCAACCGAGCCUCCCUGAAGGCCUCGCAGCACAAACUGGACGUGAAGAGCGUCGUACACGAGCUCCAGAAGACGACAGCUCGGCUGAUAUCACCGCAGUCGGACAAGACGAAGAACAGGAGAGAGGAAGAGGAGGAAGAGGAGAGGAGGACGAUGGAAUCAGACCAUGAGGAAGAGUUUGAUUCUCUGUUCUGGGGCCCGACGGAUCCUCCGUUUAUCAGUCAGAGCAGGUGACGUGACGGAAAGACGCAAUUAUGGGAAAAGAUUUCACUCGAGACCUUUAACCUAAACCAUAACCCUCAAAAAGACCUUAAAGUUGUGAGGAUCAGACAACACAGUUCAGACUCUGUUUUCCUGUCCGUCAGUGUAAAUGGUCCUCACCGUUCCGUCUGGGAACUCCCUCCUCCUAAAGUGGGAGGUGUGGAUUUCUCUGUGACCAUUGGGAAACUCCACCGUUUUCUCGCCGCACAUGAAUUAAAGACAAAAAAAAACAGUUUAUGAGAAGAUUGAGAAUGUUCCAAUGUAUAAAAUUCUUUUUAUGGAGCAUUCCAGUAGAAAGAAGUCCGAUUGACCAAGUCAGAACGUCGCAGAAACCUCACGACCCUGAGACAGGCUACCAAGAUGGCCGCCACUCGUACAAACACUGCUAUGUUUACUGCCAAUAACUUUGUUACUGUUCUUAAGUACUUCACAUUUCUGGCAACUACAUUUCCUCUAUCGGUGUCACUCGU